AAUAUUCAGGUUAAGUAUAACAUUAUUUUGUCUCAGCGAGAAAAUCGAGAGGAAAAUUAAAAAAAAUAAAAAAUCGUAACAGUUUUUUUCGGUUAGUUAGUUAGAUUAGUUGAUUAAAAUUGUGAUAAUGAAGAAAAUGGAGUUGCGUAACAGUUUUUCUCCUCGAUUUAGAGAUCUUAAAGAGUCAAUUCGUGGUUUCAUGUCUAGAAGUCAAGAAGAUGAGAAAUCAAAGGAUGGAGUAUUGAAGGAUUAUUAUAUACCUGAUUAUAUUCUUGUUCCUGAAGGAUCUUCAUCAGAAAAUAAUAGUAAUCAUUAUGUGAACAGUGAUGAGGAUGAUGAUUAUGAUGUUCAUAAUCAUCAGCCGUCUUGUCCCGUGUUAGUGUUUAUCAAUUCGAGAAGUGGUGGACAGUUAGGAGGGGAGCUUCUCGUUACUUAUCGGUCUCUUCUUAACAAAAAUCAGGUUUUUGAUUUGAAAGAAAAGGCUCCUGAUAAAGUCCUACAUCAAGUUUAUGCUACGCUGCAAAAAUUGAAGAACAAUGGUGAUGAAUUUGCUGCUGAAAUUGAGAAGCGACUGAGAAUAGUUGUUGCAGGUGGAGAUGGUACAGCUGGUUGGCUACUUGGAGUAGUAUGCGAUCUCAAACUACCUCAACCUCCACCAAUUGCUACGGUCCCAUUGGGAACUGGAAAUAACCUUCCCUUUUCAUUUGGCUGGGGAAAGAAAAACCCUGGUACAGACCGUUUAUCUGUAGAGUCAUUCUUGCAACAAGUACGAGCUGCGAGGGAAAUGAAAAUUGACAGCUGGCAUAUCAUCAUGAGAAUGAAAUGCCCAAAAGAAGGCUCCUGUGAUCCUGUAGCACCUCUUGAAUUACCUCAUUCGUUGCACGCGUUCCACCGUGUCUCUGAAUCAGAUUCAUUGAAUAUGGAAGGUUAUCACACUUUUAGGGGUGGAUUUUGGAACUACUUCAGUAUGGGAAUGGAUGCUCAAAUAUCAUAUGCCUUUCACUCAGAGAGGAAGUUACACCCAGAAAGAUUUAAAAAUCAAUUAGUUAAUCAGAGUACUUACUUAAAGCUAGGAUGCACUCAAGGAUGGUUUCUUGCCUCUCUUUUUCAUCCUUCUUCACGGAACAUAGCACAGCUUACAAGGGUUAGAAUCAUGAAGUCAAAAGGUCAAUGGGAGGACCUCAGCAUACCUAGCAGCAUUAGGUCUAUUGUAUGCCUUAACUUGCCAAGUUUUUCUGGUGGUCUCAAUCCAUGGGGAAAACCCAAUGGGAGGAAAUUGCACGAUAGGGACUUAACGCAACCAUAUGUAGACGAUGGCCUUAUUGAGGUCGUCGGUUUUAGGAAUGCUUGGCAUGGGCUUGUUCUUCUUGCUCCAAGUGGACAUGGGACUCGUCUUGCACAGGCGAGUAGAAUCCGUUUCGAGUUCCGCAAAGGUGCAGCAGAAGACACCUUCAUGAGAAUCGAUGGGGAGCCUUGGAAACAGCCACUUCCUGUUGAUGAUGACACAGUAGUUGUGGAGAUUUCAAAUCACGGCCAAGUGGCCAUGCUAGCUACCCCACUAUGUAGAUCAAAAAGUAUUUUUGAUCCAGAAUCACCUAUAAAAAAUUUCCAUGAAGACGAGGAGGAUAGUACCGACGAGGACGAUGAAUCUGCUGAAGAUUCAGAAGAACGAAGGAAGUUUGGAGCUGCUGACACUUUCAAAUUUCCAGAUGAUUUUGAUAUGUCUCGUCUAAGUUAAGCCUCACGCUUGGUAUAGCCCUUCACCUACAUUCCAGCGUUUCGCCUUCGUUUUAAAACUUGGUAACUCUAUUUUUAUAACAUAUUUUUGUAAAAAAUACCAUUUUUUUCAUUUCUGAUUUCGGCGUUUCCGCUUCUGCGCUACAUAGCCCUUUACCAUUGUUUUUAUUCUCUGCUGAUUAAUAGUAGAUUUUUGUUACAUUUUUAGGUUACUUGUUCGCCUAGAGUUGAAUCAUUUCAGUCAAUGUACAGAUACAUAUAUUAUCCACCCUAUAAAAGAAAAGAUUAAUUUACAGAA